CACAACGUGUCAAUGAUUAUCCCGAAAAUCUCCCUGCUUGUUCACCAGCCUGUCAUUCUAGAAAUGCGACAAUGACACAAUUUCCUAAUUUAAAAAAUAUCGAUGGAUUAAGAAAUGAAUAUACUGACAAUAUGUAUAAAUAUGCAGAUAGACUUACUUGUACUCCUACUAAAGACUGUGAAUCAGAAUUUGUGUUUUGUGAUCGUUCUAAUGAUGCUCCCAUAUGUGUUUCAAAGGCUCGUUUAGGAGGACACUGCGGCGGAUUUUCUAAUGGCAAGUUAACAAAGACAAACAUAUUGUAUUAA